AUGGCGCUGCGCAGCCGCCUCCCCCCGCUACGCUCCGCGCGGGGGGGAGGGAAAGAAAGGGGGCGGCCGGCUCUGCGCGUUGGGGGCGAUGCGCCGCGUCCCAGCGCGGGAGGAGAACGAAGAGGGGCUGCCGGCAGGCGCUCGGCCGAGCUCACGCCACCCGCCGCCGCGGCGGACAAUGCCCGAUGCCCCCGCUCAGGUACUGCCGCACGUCACGUGGGGCGGGAUCUGUUUACAAGCAGCGGUGGCGCUGCGGCAACUCAACGCCGCGCCCGCCGAGCUCCGCCCUCCGCCCCGCCAGGCGCCGUCCCCAUUGGCUGCCGCCGCCCUGGCACCGCCCUCCCUCCUCCGCCGGCCGCGUCCCGUCCUCGCGCUUCGCAGGGUGGGCGGGGAGAGGGCGAUGCCCGCCCCUUCCCUCGGACGUACAAUGCGGCCGUUCAGGCGCGCGCGGGGCGUGAUGGGAGGGGCGCGUGCAGCGCUGCCGCCGUUAGUGGGCGGGCCGCGCGGCGGGACGGGGUGGCGGCGCUGUGGCGCGAAGCGGAGCGUUUAACAGCCCUUAGCGUGCCUGGCCGUGCCGUGCGCGUCCGCGGCGUGUGGUGUGGCCCGGCUGCGAAGGGGUGCGGAGGGCGAGGAGAUGGGCACAGCUGUCUUAGUCGGACUGAUGUGAUCUCUGCUGUACCAUUCUUCACAGUAGCUGAGAUGGAGAGUGGAAGAUAUUCCUUCAUGUGCUUCAAAGUACUGUAGCAGUAUGUAUGUUCUGCAUUCUCAGUUCAACGUUGUAACCCACCCUAUUCUACAGCAUGCCACUGCAUCUGAGUAAGCAUCAGUAUGAGCAAUGACUUGCCCAAAGCCAUAUUAAUAGAGGUGCGUAUGUCUUAGUUGGUCAGUCAACUGAUGCAAAGCAUAAGUCGUGUAUACAUAUGUAUAAUGAUUGAUUUAUUUUUGAAACUUGUAAAAAAUGCAUUUACCCUUUGCCUCUUUACCAAUUUAAUCAGAUGACCCCUUUAGGUGUCACCCAACCUGAAUCAUUCUGUCAUUCAACAUUGUUAAAAUUCAGUUACGGUUGGACAUUUAAGCAGUUGGAUUCAUCCAACCUGAAUUAUUUUGCCAUUAAUACUAAUUUCAAAUUUGAUUAGAACUGGCCAACAUGUUCAAAUAUUCUAAGACAUGGAGUAAUGGAGGCACAAACUGGCGGUAACUGUGGAAGUUUUGCUUUCUCACAGAAUCAGGCUACUGUAGCAUUCUAAGCAAUGGGCUCUUGUACUGGCACUUCUGUGUUGCUAACUCAUGCUCUGCUUCUCAUAUUACCAAGGUUUACUUUCAGCAUCUGUUCAAUAAAUAUUCUCCUGACAAUGCUGAAAGGAAAUGUAAUAGGACUGUAAUGACCUAUUAGAUUUUAGCAUGAUGUAAACUAAGCCAAUUCUCAUUACAAUAAUGUGUAUUUGUUUUAAGACUGUGGUCUUGUUUAUUUUUACAGAAGAAUAGGACAUCCAUAGGAAUGGUUUUUUAUUAAUGACUUCUCCUGUGCUUGUUAUUAGUCACCAGCUGACACCUCUUCCAGUCAGUCUUUAUUCCUAGAAUUGCAUCAUGCAACAAAUACAUCUUGACAUUCUUUGCUGUUGAUGCAAGAACUGAACAAGUCUGAAUUGUUAUUCAAGUUCCUGUUUUAACUUACUGUCAUCAUCCCGUGGUAAAUCCUUUCUGUUUAAUUGUAUCAAAACUAUAUUUUGUAUGUUUAUUCCUUUUGGUGAUAACUUGGUUGUCAUAACCAUGGUUGUAAAAAAAAAAAAAAAAAAAAAAAAAAAGAAAAGAUGAACUAUUGAGAACAAGGGAAAGAUAGAUCUUUUACUAGAGAAAUACAGCUAAGUGUCCUUCUUCAAGUAUUAAUUGAGUUCUAUCAAUAGAUCUUUGGUAAUUCCUUUUUUCCUUUACACUGCCUUCAAGAUCCUUUUUGGUCACAGAAGAAUGCUUGUUUUCUUAAUGAUUGUGUUAUUAACUAUUUGUUGAACGCUGAAAUUUGGCCUUGUUUAUUUUGUUUGUUGAUUCAUUGUUUGCCUACCAACACAGCAAACUCAUUUGUGCAUUGAUCUAUUUCUGUUUAUUUAGUGUAUCACUGAUACUUCUUUAAUUAACAUCUGCAUUCUUUUGUGGCUUAGAAUAAAUUGACAGACUUUAA